GAAUAACGAGUUUUCUGGCCCGUGCUUCUUCAAAUAUCCCAUGCAAUUAAUCAUAAUCAAAUCAGGCAUUUUCCCCCUAAAGAGUGCACUCCAGCCAUAAUAUAGACAGUUUUGAGAAUAAACGUCGUAAUAACUCACGCCUAUCUAUUAUUCACUAAUGGCCAUAUGUUAUGCCCAAUAUUCACAUCUCCCUUCGCUAACGAUUACGCCAUUAAAUCAGUUAGCAAUGCAUAUAAAAAUCCAAUGCCGGCGGCAGUCCUCUAGUCUCGAAUCGUCUGGACUCAACAUGAUUACUUUCCCAAUAAGUCUUGCCAUUUGUCUGGGUACGAUUUUUGGACCAAGAAUCGUGAAACCCAACGGCGAUUUGCCACCAUGGCUUUUGAACCAGACUAUCCAGUCGCAAAUCGCGGCCAUUUUUCGCGGAAUCGAUCGCAUCGACGUAGUAUUGGGCGAUUUGGAUGCAGAUCAAAGCUACCCGCCGAUUCUCGACUGGUUGAUUCAUCGCAGUGAGCCACGUGCUAUUCUGCAGGACAAAGCGAUCCGCAUCUACCAGAGCGUGGUUCCCGGUAGCAAGGACGCUGGCUGCAAAGGUGGACGCCCACUACUAUCCGGCAUAGUGGAUACAGAGGAUGCUAAUGAGGAGGAACUGGGACUGAUCGAUCGGGACUACGCGGAUGAGUCGAGGUUCAUCGGGUGGGAUCGAACUUUCGAGUCGUUUGCGAGAGUCUGGGAUCAGAAUCGCAACUUUGGGUAUUUGGUGUUCACCAGCUGGAGUGACUUCCAGCUGUCGAUGAUUUGUCUUCUGGAUCCGUAUGCAACGUAUCUGUUUGUUCUGAGUGAUUGGGGCAGUCUGGAUUUGCAGGAGUUGACUGUGUUUUCAAAAUCUACUUGGAUAGGUCAAGGUGUCUUCAGGAUGUUCUACCUGCUUGGAGAGGUGAUCUACACCUUUGAUCCUUUCAUGGCCGUUGGAUCUAAUAGACAAUACGGAGUUCUGAAAGAAUUGAAGGACUCUACAGACGUUCCGAGGGUUCCUCAAUGUGAUUUCGGGGGGUUUCCCCUCAGAAUCGAUAGGUUUCGAACAACUUUCUCGCACACGUUAGUGGACAAGAAAGGUAAAGUCAUCGACUAUAUCGGAGCGGAUGCUGAAGCAAGUCGGGUUGUUACCCGAGCGCUGAAUGUCACACCUAACUUCUUACCCCCGGACAAAGACCAAUUCGGGUUCAAGCUGCCGAAUGGAAGCUUCAACGGAGUCCUCGGGCGACUGUCCCGAAGGGAAAGCGACAUCGUCUUCGUCGGGUACUUCAUCAAGGACUACUUCACCCGGGACACCGAAUUCACGACCGGAAUCUACACCGAUGAGCUGUGCUGUCUGGUGCGGAAAGCCAGCCGUAUACCGGAGUAUCUGCUUCCGAUUACCAUCUUCCCGGCGGACCUGUGGGGCCUGUUGUUCCUGAUGGGUAUCGUUUGCGCCACAACGUGGAUCAUCAUUCGAGCGGGUAUCAGGGUGAAGGCCGUCCAAACACAGAGAUCACAACUUCCCGACCUGUUCAACCUAUCAAAAUCUAUUCGUGAAGCUCCGUUGUAUCGUAAACUGCUCCAGGUUGUCAUCGACACCUACAUACUUCUGGUGAGCGCUCCCUUCCGGAGGUUCACCCGUUCCGGCAUCGAACGCCUAAUGCUUUUCGGUUUGAUGCUGGUCAGCCUGAUCUUCGUAUCCAUGUUCCAGUCGAGUCUGUCGUCCGUUUUCCUACAUCCGAUGUUCUACAAGGACAUCGACAGCCUCCAGCGUUUGGACGAAUCCGGCACGAAGAUUCCCGUCAAGUACAAGGGCUUCAUGGACGAUGUCUUCCCCGCCAACUACAGCCCGAUGAUGGAUUCGCUACGGAACAAAAUGAUCUACGAACCGGACCAGGACGAGCCCGCUAUGCUGGAUCGGGUGGCCCAAGAGUCGCCGAAGGUCGCCUUCGUGACCCGCAAGUCCCUGGUUCCGCUGGACGACGCGAUCUACAUAGCCAAGAAGAAGGUGAUCGUUGUGCCCGAGUGUCCCCGGUUGUACAACCUGGCGUACGUGGUGCCGCGUCACUCGGUACUACUGGAGGCUAUCAAUAUGAUCAUUCUGAGACUGCUGAACGGAGGCUUAAUCAACCAUUGGAUCAAUGUGAUGACCUUCAAUGCCACGCUGCGUGAUCUGGCACUGUACAGGAGCGUGGGCGACGAGAAGUUUAAGGUUUUGACCAUGACCGAUUUGCAGUUUCCGUUCUAUCUGUGGGCGAUUGGGUUGACUUUGAGCAGUGUGAUUUUCGUGUUCGAGCGAUUGCAUUACCGGAUGAUUAUACCGAAUCGUGUGGAGAGGUUUUGAUCCGUCGAGGAUCGUGUACAACAUGUUAGCUAAAUGUUGAUUUCAUUGGCUUGGCAGUUUUAUACAUUAAGCAGCUCUAAUAUCCAGUCGAAAAUCACAUGGAUGUUCAGAAAAUGUUGUACAAAAUAAACAUAAAAUAGGAUUUGUUGUAGUAUAAAUACGUUGUACUCAUUUGGAACCUGGUUUUCGUGGUCCUGAUGGAUAGGAUCAUUCUAGGCUGCUUUAUUCUGUGGCUACUCAUUGACACUCGUGAUCGCUCAUAGGUACUUUAUGGAGGUCUUGCUCGCUUUUUGCUGUGCUUUUCUGAGUUCAGUCCACGAUCUCAUUCACGCUCUCUGGAAAUCAACUACACUUAAUGUGUUGAGAUCACGCAGAUAACCAACGCUCCCUCUUCCUGAUCAUCAACUUAUUCAAAAUCACAAAGGGUCUCUAUUACUCAUGCCCUUUGAGAUCUCCAGACCAUCAGAUACGUUUCAAGGCGUUUCAAAGCAUUUCUGGAGGUUUCAGAGGGAUUUAGGUGGCUUCAUAGGCUCCCAGGAGAUCUUCAAGACGAGUUCAGACGAUCUAUUAUGGGUUUUCUUAUACCCCUUGGGGAGCUUCAGGAUUUUUUUUUAUCUGUAUUAACGAGAUUUUUAGCCCAAGGCUAGUUCAUCUCGGGACCCACGCUUUACUUCCCUUCCGAAGGAAGAACUCACAUUUUGCGAGUUUGUCGGGAGUGGGAUUCGAUCCCAGGCCCUCGGCGUGAUAGAGAGCUUCAGGAGUGUUUUAGGCUGGGAGCUUCAUAAGUUCUAA